CCGCCUGCAGCAGCAGCAGCAGCAGCGGCACCGGCACCGGCACCGGCAGCAGCUGCUCCUUCCCGGCGGCCGCCCCCCGCGGGUCCCUCCCUGGCUGCGGGAGAGAAGAAGGCAGAAGGAGGACGCCGAGCCGCGCUGCCCGCGCCGGAGACCUUCGCCUUGCCCUGCCUGCUCCUCACCCCCCUAGGAGGAACAUGGAUAAUCUCAGUGAUACCUUAAAGAAGCUGAAGAUAACAGCUGUUGACAAGACUGAGGAUAGUUUAGAAGGAUGCUUGGAUUGUCUGCUUCAAGCCCUGGCUCAAAAUAAUAUGGAAACGAGUGAAAAAAUACAAGGAAGUGGAAUACUUCAGUUGUUUGCAAAUCUGUUGACUCCACAGUCUUCCUGCACAGCCAAAGUAGCUAACAUCAUAGCAGAAGUAGCCAAAAAUGAAUUUAUGAGAAUUCCAUGUGUGGAUGCCGGAUUGAUUUCACCACUGGUACAGCUGCUAAAUAGCAAAGACCAGGAAGUGCUGCUUCAGACGGGUAGAGCUCUAGGAAACAUAUGUUAUGACAGCCAUGAGGGCAGAAGUGCAGUUGACCAAGCAGGUGGUGCACAGAUUGUAGUUGACCAUUUAAGGUCACUGUGCAGUAUAACAGAUCCCGCCAAUGAGAAGCUCUUGACUGUCUUUUGUGGCAUGCUGAUGAACUAUAGCAAUGAGAAUGAUUCCCUUCAGGCUCAGCUAAUCAAUAUGGGUGUUAUUCCUACCUUAGUGAAAUUACUGGGUAUCCACUGCCAAAAUGCAGCUCUUACAGAGAUGUGUCUUGUUGCAUUUGGAAAUUUAGCAGAACUUGAGUCAAGUAAAGAACAGUUUGCUAGUACAAACAUUGCUGAAGAGCUGGUAAAACUUUUCAAGAAACAAAUAGAACAUGAUAAGAGGGAAAUGAUUUUUGAAGUUCUUGCUCCACUGGCAGAAAAUGAUGCCAUUAAAUUGCAGCUGGUUGAAGCAGGCCUGGUAGAGUGCCUGCUAGAGAUUGUUCAGCAGAAGGUGGACAGUGACAAAGAGGAUGAUAUUGCUGAGCUCAAAACUGCUUCAGAUCUAAUGGUUUUAUUACUUCUUGGAGAUGAAUCCAUGCAGAAAUUAUUUGAAGGAGGAAAAGGCAAUGUGUUUCAAAGGGUGCUUUCUUGGAUACCAUCAAAUAACCACCAGCUACAGCUUGCUGGAGCAUUGGCCAUUGCAAAUUUUGCCCGAAAUGAUGGAAAUUGUAUACAUAUGGUAGACAACGGAAUUGUAGAAAAACUUAUGGAUUUAUUGGACAGACAUGUAGAAGAUGGAAAUGUAACUGUACAGCAUGCAGCACUAAGUGCCCUCAGAAACCUAGCCAUUCCAGUUGUAAAUAAAGCAAAGAUGCUAUCAGCUGGGGUCACAGAGGCGGUUUUGAAAUUCCUUAAAUCCGAAAUGCCUCCAGUGCAGUUCAAACUUCUGGGAACACUGAGAAUGUUAAUAGAUGCACAAGCAGAAGCUGCUGAACAACUGGGAAAGAAUGUUAAAUUAGUGGAGCGUUUGGUGGAAUGGUGUGAAGCCAAAGAUCAUGCUGGUGUAAUGGGGGAGUCUAACAGACUGCUGUCCGCCCUCAUACGGCACAGUAAAUCAAAAGAUGUAAUUAAAACCAUUGUGCAGAGUGGUGGCAUCAAGCAUCUAGUUACUAUGGCAACUAGUGAACAUGUAAUAAUGCAGAACGAAGCCCUUGUUGCUUUGGCACUAAUAGCAGCUUUAGAAUUGGGCACUGCUGAGAAAGACCUAGAAAGUGCUAAACUUGUACAGAUUUUACACAGACUGCUAGCAGAUGAGAGAAGUGCUCCUGAAAUAAAAUACAAUUCCAUGGUCCUGAUCUGUGCUCUCAUGGGAUCUGAGUCUCUACACAAGGAAGUCCAGGAUUUGGCCUUUCUAGAUGUUGUAUCCAAGCUUCGCAGUCAUGAGAACAAAAAUGUUGCCCAACAGGCCUCUCUCACAGAGCAGAGACUUACUGUGGAAAGCUGAGAUGCACAGCAUCAUCCCAUCUCUGAACUCCCCUUUGUCCUCCAUCCAGCUGCCUCUUCUGCUUCAUUCUUUACCAUAUCACUUGUGCAUGCGUGUAAUGUUCCCAUACCAAUGGAAGAACUGCUGUAGGUACCUGCCUAAUAAGAUUUCUAAACCCAUAGUUAGUGUGAACAUGGCUUUGUCAGAAACAGGUCUCCACCCAUAACUGUUCUCUUGUACUCCUGUUGCUUGAACUACAUUAAUUAGAAUGUGCAUGUUGUAGUCCUUUGAUGAUAUAAACUUGGUACUACAUAAUGACUUGCUCCUCACAUGCCGUAAGCCACAUAAUAAUGUACUGGUAAAUUAGAAACAAAGAACGCAGCAGGACCUGUCUAGCUUAUUGAAAAUUAAACUGAAUAGUAAAAAUAGCUCCUUUUUUGGUGCUUUGGGAAGCACAGUGACCAAAAAACUGUAUGGCUGUACAUUCAUUAACCUUACCUACUAAUGUCAAACUCAUGGUACCUAGAGUUGAAUAAAAUUCCAAUGCUCUCAAUCUUUACCCUAUGGUUCCUCCUUUUUCCUAACUAUGUAGACUACUGAAAUGGCCACAAAUUUGGCAAGACAUCCUGAGGUUUCUGAUGCCAUAUUUAAUUGGCUGUCAUUAACACCCUAAUGUUAAAAACCUUGUAAUUUUCAAUGUGAAACUAGGGGUUGAAGAAUCUGACAUUAGAGCAUUUGAGUUUUACCUGUAUUUUAGAUUCUGAUACAUGUGCAGUUUCACCUCAGAACAUCUUCCAUGAGUUAAUCAGCAUUGUCCAACACUUGUACAAGUCACUUAGUACUUGUUUUCAGGUGAGGAAAUGGUAGCUCACUGAAGAAUGGAGGGAGGGGUUGUGUGUAUAUGUGUGUGCUGCUUUUCAUCAUUCAGGUGAAAGGUUUUCAUCUUUCACAGUCCUCUUACAUCUUCUAUUAGAACUAGCAGGACACAGGAGGAAAGAUGAAUAAGCUUGUCUAGACUAAAGAAAGGAAGGAAGUAAUAAAAGCCAUAGUAGCCAGUCCAGUUCAUUCCACUGAUGGUCUCAUACCUGUCACUGUUAAUUGUCCACCUCCACUUUCCCACUGAGAAUGGCAGUAACCAUAAAGACUCCCUUGGCAAAAUAGAGUAUGCUCUUCACUGCUGCCACCACCACCACUACCAAAUGGGAUUCUAGAGCUUUGAAACACAAUCUUCAUAAAUUAACCAGAGCAUCCCUGUGACCCGCCUGCCUUCUCCCUGUACCCGAAUUUGACCACUGUUGGCCUAAAAGACAAGAUGGCUCCGAUAUGGAAGGAGUGCAGGACAGUGGCAGGGGUUUCCAAGGAGGUGACAAGUGUCCUCCCCUCCAACAUGAGAUGCUGCACAUCUCUAUAGGUGUGCUAAGUUGGACUUUUGACUCCAAUAAAACAACUAUACUUCAGGGAAGUUAAAACCCUAAUGGAGGUAAAUAAUCUUAACUGAUUGUUCCCUUGGAUAUCCAAAUAAGGGACUAUUGUGAGUUCUUAUGCUACACUUACUGUAAGAAUGAUCUUGUUUAUUGUCAAUCUUCUGGACUGGAUAGUGGACUAUAUUUUAUAGGUUUUGAAAAACAUGUUGCAUAAUAGAUUGUGCAUAUUAAUAACUUAAUAAAUGGUAUAUCAAACUAC